GUCGGGUGGGCUCGGCGGGCUCCCGGGCAGGGGACUGCGAUGCUGAAGGCCAAGAUACUCUUCGUGGGGCCCUGCGAGAGUGGAAAAACUGUUUUGGCCAACUUUCUGACCGAAUCUUCCGACAUCACUGAAUACAACCCAACCCAAGGAGUGAGGAUCCUGGAAUUUGAGAACCCACAUGUUAGCAGCAACAGCAAAGGCGCAGGGUGUGAAUUUGAGCUAUGGGACUGUGGCGGUGAUAUAAAGUUCGAGUCCUGCUGGCCAGCUCUGAUGAAGGACGCCCAUGGAGUAGUGAUCAUCUUCAAUGCUGACAGCCCCAGCCACCUGCAGGAAAUUGAAAUGUGGUAUUCCUGCUUUGUCCAGCAGCAGUUCUUACAGGACACUCAGUGUCUGUUAAUUGCACAUCACAAACCAGGCUCUGGAGGUGAUAAAGGAAGCCUAUCUUUGCCACCACCCUUGAACAAGCUGAAGCUGGUGUACUCGAACCUUGAGGAUGCCCCUGAAGAGAUCCGGCUGGAAUUCAUAAAGUACUUAAAAGGCAUAAUCAACUCAGUGUCUGAGAGCAGAGACAGGGAAGAGAUGUCAAUUAUUACCUAAUUCAUCUGCGACUGCCAUACCCCAAACGAAACAACUUCUUUCCUGGUACAGAUCUGAAAUCUCAUCCAGCUACUGAUGUUUUCUUCUGCCAAUGGCUAUAAAAGAAAUUUUCCUUAUCUGCUAGAAGGGAGUUGACCCAUACCAUCUACUGUCUGUCCUUAGUUCAAUUGAGAAAAUUCUGUCAUUGAAUUCUGAUUCCUUGGCCCCAGACCUUUCCAAAGAGCCAGAAAAUUGAGGUUUUGUUUUCCCCCCUUCACAUAUGUCAAGUUACAAAAAUUGUGGUAUUAUAACUGUCACAGUCCAAUGAUACAACUGUAGUUUAAUCCAUGUGUAUUGGUUUGAAUGUAAUUUUCAUUCCUUGAUUUACUCAACAAAUCCU